CCCUAAUUUCCUCGUUUCCGUUAACCCUCCGCCAUACCAGAGUGACGUCACCAAUGGCUUUCUCUGCGGUUUUCUCAGCGCCCAUGACCUUUGGUUUCAUUAAUACUGCCAAGCUCAACCCGAGCUCCAACCUACCUCCUUCCAUGGCGUUUCUUUCUUCAAAAUCGUCGUUUUCCCAUAUUGGCCUUUCUCUCCCAUCCUCCAACUUCUCCGCGCCCCUUCUCAACUCCAAACUCUCCGCCAAGAUAUACUCCCGAGCUGCCACCGACAAGUCUAUUCAUGAUUUCACUGUCAAGGACAUUGAUGGGAAAGAUGUUUCACUCAGUAAAUUUAAGGGAAAGGUUCUGUUGAUUGUUAAUGUUGCUUCCAAAUGUGGUUUGACAACAUCUAACUAUUCAGAACUCUCUCACAUAUAUGAAAAGUACAAAACCCAAGGAUUUGAAAUUCUUGCUUUUCCAUGUAAUCAGUUUGGAGGGCAAGAGCCAGGAUCCAAUGAGCAAAUCAAGCAGUUUGCUUGCACACGAUUUAAAGCUGAAUUUCCAAUUUUUGACAAGGUUGAUGUGAAUGGGCCAAACACAGCCCCGGUUUACCAAUUCCUAAAAUCAAAUGCUGGAGGGUUCUUGGGUGAUCUGAUCAAAUGGAACUUUGAGAAGUUUCUUGUGGACAAGAAUGGAAAAGUUGUAGAACGAUAUCAGCCAACAACUUCUCCUUUUCAAAUAGAGAAGGAUAUUCAGAAGCUCUUGGCUGCAUGAACUGUGUUACGUUGAAGCUCUGUACAUAGAUACCGAGAAACAAAGAUGAAGAGAAGCAGCAUUAGAAUCAACUCUACCAAGUUCGAUUAUAUUUACUGGAGAAGGAAAAGUUUCUGAAAGGAAAACUGCAGGCAUGAACAUUCAUGUAUUCAUAGAGCCUUGUAGUAGAGAGUAGCAAAAUAAUUUGCCAACAAAAAGAUAUGCAGCUGGGCAGCUUUUGUGCUUUCUAUAACAUAUUUUUCCUUGAUUAACUUAUUGGGGUAUGGUCAA